UGUAAAUACUGUAUAAUUUGCAUUUCCCAGGUUAACACAAAAGGAGGCACUAGCGUCAGUGAAUAGGGGCGUUCAUGUCAGAGUAGACUUGGAGGUGUCCGGAAGAAAGUGUGACAGGUUUUGGUAGUGCAUCCUUCAGCUCGGGAGCCGAGCCCCUGUGACGGACGCCGUGGGGAGAUGUGUUCGGCCGCCGACAGCACCGGCCCGGAGGACCUGGCCACAUUGUCCCAGCUGGAUGAGACCAUUCUCCUGGAUGUGCUCAGCCGCAGGUUCCAGCAUGACCACAUUUAUUCUUACAUUGGAGAUAUUCUAAUAGCCAUCAAUCCUUUCAAGUAUCUGCCCUUGUAUGAAAAAUCGGAAUCGGAAAAGUACAAAAGUUCUUCAAAAGAUGGCCUACCUCCUCAUAUUUUUGCCGUGGCAGAUCGUGCCUAUCAAUCAAUGUUGGGUCGCUUAGCCACGGGCCCCAAGAACCAGUGCAUAGUCAUCAGUGGGGAAAGUGGCACUGGGAAGACUGAGAGUACUAAGCUACUGCUGCGUCAGAUCAUGGAGCUCUGCAAAGGAAAUUCUCAGCUAGAGCGACAGGUUCUGCAGGUGAAUCCACUUCUGGAAGCAUUUGGAAAUGCUCAGACCAUGGUGAAUGACAACAGUAGCAGAUUUGGGAAAUAUAUUCAACUGAGAUUUCACAAUACUGCAGUAAAAGGUGCAAAAAUCAAUGAAUAUCUUCUGGAAAAAUCCCGAGUGGUGCAUCAGGAUGAAGGCGAGAAAAAUUUCCAUAUUUUCUACUAUAUGUUUGCUGGAAUAUCUCCUGCUGAUCAGGAAGUCUAUGGUCUUCUGGAUCCUAAGUUCUACAGGUACCUAAAUCACAAAUAUGGUUCUGAUGAAAUCACCCAACUUUGGAACAAGAAAUACAAUGAAGUAUGCAAUGCCAUGGAUAUGGUUGGGUUUCUUGAGCAGGAGCGGGUAGACAUGAUGACAAUAUUAGCAGGAAUCCUGUCAUUAGGCAAUAUCCUUUUCAAACCUCAAGACACUGGAAUCCUUAAAGUGACAGAUCAGUCUAAGGGAUGGCUGAAAGCUGCAGCAGGUCAAUUUGGUGUCGAGCAAGACGAACUUUUAAAAUGUUUGAUCUGUACAAUGGCAGUCACUCGAGGAGAGUCAAUUCAACGAUACCACACCAAACAGCAAGCAGAAGAUGCCAGGGACUCUAUUGCUAAGGUUGCAUAUGGCAGAGUUUUUGGGUGGAUUGUCAGCAAAAUCAACCAACUACUGGCUCCUAAAGAUGACGUGGAUAUUGUUCAACUACGGGAGAUAGGUAUAUUAGACAUCUUUGGGUUUGAAAAUUUUGUGGUUAACCGAUAUGAACAGAUGUGUAUUAAUUUGGCAAAUGAACAGCUUCAGUAUUUCUUCAACCAUCACAUAUUUUUAAUGCAACAAGAAGAGUACAAACAAGAAGAGGUUGAAUGGGAAACUAUUUCUUUUAAAGACAAUAAAGCAAUCCUGGACCUGUUUUUAGCAAAACCAUUAGGAAUUUUUUCCCUAUUGGAUGAGCAAACUGCAUUUCCCCAGGCCACUGACUGGACUUUUGUAGACAAAUUAAACAAUGGUUUCAAGCGGAAUCCAAAUUUUAAAUUAGGCAGAAGUCACAAUCCAGUAUUUACAGUGGUACAUUAUGCAGGAAAGGUCCAAUACAAUGCGUCCGGAUUUUUGGAGAAAAAUAGAGACACUAUACCAGCAAGUAUUCGAGGACUGUUUAUUAAUAGCAUCACUCCACUCCUAAGUGUACUUUUUACAGCUACAGUCUCAAGAACAGGAACCCUAAUGGCUCAUCAUAGACCAAAAGCACAUAGAACAGAGGACAACUUUAACAGCACCAGGAAGCAGUCUGUUGGAGCUCAAUUUAGACACUCCUUAGCUGUACUGAUGGAGAAGAUGUUUUCAGCAAAUCCACAUUUCAUUCGAUGUGUGAAACCAAAUAUUAAUAAAUUGCCAGAUCAGCUGGACGUCAAAGUUUUCAUGGAUCAGCUGCGAUACAAUGGAUUAUUGGAAACUAUCCGGAUUCGUAGAGAUGGAUAUUCUUGGAGACCAUUCUUCGAAGAAUUUGUGAAAAAAUAUGGAAUACUGCUUAUCACCCCUAAUGUACCACUUACCAAAGAAAGUUGCCUAGAUAUUCUUCAAACUACUGACCUGAAGGACUGGAAAUUUGGAAAAUCACGCCUGUUCUUUAAGUACUGGCAUCAGGAUCAACUCGCAAAGUGCAUCGAAAAACUUGAAAAAGCUGCAUUGGUUAUCCAAAAAAGUUAUAAAAGAUACCGCUGUCAAAGCAAAUAUAAGGCUUUGUUGGUCGAACUACAAAACCAGCACCGGCUGGAACUGGAAAGGCAAAUGGAAGAAAGACGCCAGAUUGAAUUGGAGCAGGAAAUGGAAAGAAAAAGGCAGGAAAUGGAAUGGAAAGAUGCAGGACCAGUUACACCACCUGUUCCACUUCCGAGAAAAAAGAAGCCACUCCCUCGACCUCGCUCUGCAGCUGUAGAUAAAUUUCACAAAGACGUCCAGCCUCCUGUCCCCAGGCCGCGGAGUAAAUUAGUGGAGGCAACUCCCUUCGAUAAUUCUCGGGAGCACAUGAACAACUUGUGGCUUCAGGAGCAGGCAGAGAAGGAACAGCAAAUUAUCAAGAAAAGGGCUACAAUUCGAUGGUUCAAAGAAACUCAGGCUCGAAAAGUGGUUAAGAAUGGUGCGUUUCCUUGCUGGUUUCAUGGGAUGAUCACAAGACGUGAAAGUGAAAAUCUGUUGGCAAACCAACCGUUAGGUUGCUUCUUGAUACGUGUCAGUGGAAGCAGGGAGGGGUAUACAUUAACUUACAGGGGUGUAGAUCGAUGCAGACACUAUAUGAUUGAAAUGCAGACAAAUGGGAAAUAUGUGAUACUGGGAGAAGACAGGGUUCAUUCAUCACUACCAGACUUGGUGGAGUAUUAUAAAACUGUUGGAAUUCAACCAUUUAUGGAAGUCCUCACGGUACCUUGUGGACAGAAAUGUGACAGUGAAACAGAUUAUGAGGAACUCAGGUACUUCUCAGUGAGAAUGAAAUCACAAGGAUCUACUGAUUCAGAUACUGAGGCAAAUGUCUCAACUCACAAUCGAGUGCACCACGAGCUGUCCAAGCUUUUUAUACCACCUGAGCCACAGUUGUCAAUGCAGCCUCGAGUUCCACCAGUCAUGAGAAAGAUCACAGACAGAAAGCUGCAGAAUGCCACGUUAGGGGAAACGCAAACACUGGACGCAGAGAACUGCUAUGAAGAUGAGCAUAUGGGAAACAAGCGUACAUUCCCAAGACUUUACCCUUCUAUACGCUUAGCAAUGAAAGAGAUUCAGCAGCUUCAUGAGAAGUAUGGGUGUGAAGUGCAAACUAAUAAAAGAGACGAGGUGCCAAAACUUCCUCCAAAGCAGUUCAAAGAGCGACAUCUGAGUACUACAUUGCAAGAUAAAUGAUUGAAGUUUGGGAGAAUCUGUCCAUGAAGAGAUGAAAAGAGGAGAGACGUUUGAAUGUUUACUGCAGCAAACUUUCUAUUGUUUACGGAAACACAAUACCAAGUUUAUCCGGACCUGGAAAUGUUGGAUAUAGAAUGUCAAUUUUAAUGAGGAUUUUGCACAGAUUUAUUUUUGAAUAGUUUUUUUUUUGGUUAAAGGUUUUGUCAAUAAUCUGCCAAAAGCUGCUUGUCACAAUGAAAUGUUUAUAUUUUUCACUCAGUACAUGUAUUGUACAUAAUUUUUCUGGACACAAUUAAUCUAUUAUUAACCUGUAUGCUAGGGAAUAAUUUGUACUGUUAAUAAAACAUCAGAAUCUUUGUUAUUGAAAGCUGUCUGUCUGAGUACAGUCAGCCCUCCUUAUCCGCAGGGGACUGGUUCCGAGAACCCCCACAGAUACCAAAAAAUGCGGAUGCUCAAGUCCCUUAUUUAACCUGUCUCAGUGCGGUGGAUAUUAGGACCCAGCAGAACCCCGGACUUUAUUUAACCUGUCUCAGUGCAUUGGACAUUAGGACCUGGCUGUGAAGCUCUGAAUCCGCAGUGUUUCUGUUCACGAAAAUAAUCACGGUCACGAUUGAAAAUAAAGUGGAAAUAAUAAAGCGAUCGGAAAGAGGUGAAACGCCAUUGGUCAUUGGAAAAGCGUUAGGCUACAGUCGGUCAACGAUCGGAACAAUUUUAAUGGAGAAUGUGAAAGGCUCUGCCCCGAUGAAACCUACAAUUAUUACUAAGCAACGCAGUGGUUUAAUUAUUGAAAUACAUAUGUUUCUUAUUUCAUAUGCAUAGAAAGGUAAAAUAUGUACUUAUAUACAAAGAAAAACGUUUAACUGACACUAAAUAAUACCGGAUGUACCUGUUCCGACUUCAAAUCCAACUUAAAGACGGACUCAGGAACGGAACUCAUUCAUAACCCGGGGACUGCCUGUACUUUUAAGUCAUUUCUAGAUUACUUAUAAUACUUAAUACAAUGUAAAUACUAUGUAAAUAGUUGUUAUACUGUAUUGUUUAGGGAAUAAUGACAAGAAAAAAAGUCUGUACAUGCUCAAACAAUGAGUGCUGGAGAGAGAACUUAUGGGUUUUCCUGAUCCGUGGUUGGUUGAAUCCACGCAUGCGGAACCCGCGGAUCAGGAGGGCCGACUAUAUGUCGAAUCUCCUCCCUAGUUACCUGAAAUACACAGGGAAACAGUGUUUGACAUCAACAGCAAAGCUGGCUGAUCUGGAUAUCCUCACAGAAACCUGUUUACAGUACUUGGUGAGCCUCAGUUGGGUGGAUUCUCUUUCGGGCAGUUAGUGUAACGCUGCUAAAGUGCCAACUGUAAAACCAGUGUUCGAUUCCCACCACUGUAUGUAAGGAACUUGUGUGAUCUCCCCAUGGUCCUGUAGGUUUCCUCCUGUACUCCAGGACAUAUGGGUUAGGAUUAGUGAGCUAUGGGUAUAAUAUGUUGGUGCCAGAAGAUUGCCAACGCUUGCGGAGUGCUCAGAACAAGCCUCACUAAUUUGAUUUUAAUGCAAACAUCACAUUUCAUUUUACAAGGGGUAAUUGAUAAGUUCAUGGCCUAAGGUAGAAGGGGUCAAUUUUAGAAAACCUAUUUUUCAACAUAGUCCCCUCCUACAUUUACACACUUAGCCAGCAGUCGUGGAGCAUACGGAUCUUGGACCUCCAGAAAGAGUCCACAGGUGGGUGAUUGAUAAGUUCAUGGCCUAAGGUAGAAGGAGAUGAGUUAUACAGCUCCCGUUAUGUGCACAUGCAGGUCAACUCUGAUUAUGCAGAAAGUUUGAAGUUAAUAACUCAUCUCUGUCUACCUUAAGCCACGAACUUAUCAAUCACCCCUGAUGAGUACAUGUCACAAAUAAAGCGAAUAUCUUUCUACUGCACCUGUACUACAUGGUAAGACUGAAGCAUCAUCAUGUGCUCUUCACUCCAGUAAGUCCUUGCUGACCUUCAUUCAUUUCCACUAAUCCCACAUUAAUCUCAUUUUUAUUCUUCACAUAUUCACAUCAACUCUGUCCAGAUUCUACCCCCCCCCCCCCCGCCACACACUAGAAUAUGUACAAAGGCCAAUUCACCAACCAAUCUUUAAAUCUUUGGGGGUGGCAGGAAACUGGAGCACUUGGAGAAAAUCGCAUGGUCACAGGAAGAAUAUGCAAACUCCGCACAGACAGAACCCAAGAUUGGGACUGUACCAGGAAUCUGGCACUGUGACACACCAGUUCCACUGGCUGUAUCAGUGUACCAGCCCAAUCUUCAGACUUCCCAGCUCUUCGGCCAUUUGCCGCAUUACUUGGGACAAAGUUCCAUCUGGCACAGGAGGAAUGAUUAGUAAGUUUGUGGAUGACUCAUGCUGUGGAUAGGAAGAAAGGAUGUCUAAUUCUACAGUAUAAUGCAGAUAAGACAGAAAGCUGGGCAGGGAAUUGACAGAUGAAAUUCAAUCUCAACAAGUGCAAGAUGAUGUAUUCUAGGAAGUCAUACAUAGUGAAUAUUAGGGUGAUAAUUAUUGUUGAUGAACAGAGGAACAUUGAGUUUCAAGUCCAUUAUUCUUGGAAAGUGAAAACACAGAUAGGUUGAUGAAUAAGGCUCAUGGCAUUCUUCUCUCCAUAGGUUAGGGCAAAGAACAAAGUUCAAAGUAAAUUUACUAUCGAAGAACAUUGGUUACCAUAUACAACUGUGAGAUUUAUUUUCUUGUAGACAUGCUCAAUAAAUCUGUAAUAGAAUAAUAUCAAUGAAAGACUGCACCAACUUGGGCGCUCAACCAGUGUG